CCCAAAAAAACCCCAACAAAAAAACCCCAAUAAUAAAUAUCUCGAGGCAAAAUGUUCCUGACCUGCGAGGGGACCUUGGCGAUGGCUCCGGCCCCCGUGGAUUUCCACCGACAGACCCGGCCGGGCCAUUUCCACGCCGGCUACCAAGAAAUCCAAGGAAUCAACUUGGGCUACUUACAAAUCGACGGCACCCAGAUGUUCGCCCUGGCCCAGGUGCUCAGCGACCUGUUCAAGGACAUCCCCAGGACCACCAUCAGCAAGAAGAUGGAAACCUUAAAGAUCAAGAGCCGCCGCUGCGACCUGGCCGAGCUGCGGACCCUCAAGGCCAUCAACUCGGUGCCCACGCGGGCCGUGAAGUGUUCGCUCAUCUCCAAAGCGGACCUGGAGGCUCUCUGCACCUCCUGCCAGAGCCUCGGCCCCCGCCGGAGGAAGAGGAGGAGGAAGAGCAGGAGAAGGGAGCAGCUGCUGCUGCCGGGCUCCGGGGAGUUCUUCCCCUGCCCGCGGCCCCCGCCCUGCAGAGCCGCCGGUUGUUGCGGCUCCCCCGGGCGGGCCCCGGUGCCCCCCGGCCCGCAGCAGCUCCAGCCGGCCCGGGGGGGGCUCUUUGCGGCCGUUCUGGCCGCUUCCCCCCGGCACCUGCCGCUGCUGCACCCCGCGGCCGCCCAGCCCUGCGCGCUCCCGGCCGGUGGCCACCGGCGGGGCCCGAGCUGGCCCAAGGGGCUCCCCCCGCCCGCAACGGGACCCGCGGCCGCCGGGAAGGGCCGGAGCCGCGGCUUCACCGCCUCCAAGCGCCAGGGAACCUCCGCCGGCUACUCCAGCGACUCGGACUCCAGCCUGGACCUGGCCGCCUCCAGCCCCGCCACCUCCAGCGACUCCUCGGAGGAGGAGGAGGAGGAGGAGGAAGAGGAGGAGGAGGAGGAGGAGGAGGAAGGGGACAGCUCGUGCAGCAGCGAGGAGGGCAGCUCCUCGGAGUCGGAGAGCAGCUCGCUGUGCAGCGGGGACUCGGUGCAGAGCACGCGGUACCGGCAGGCGGCCCUGCCCCGCUUCCAGCCCCUCCGGGAGGCGGCGGGCGAGGAGCGGCCGGGGGAGCCCGAGCUCCUCUUCCUCUCGCAGCAGCUCUGGGCCCGCACCCUGCGAGCCACAACUUUGGAAAGUUUGAGCGCGGCCGCAGCGCCGGGCCCGGGGGCUCAGCCGGGGCUGUACGCGAAGCUCGAGGCCUCCCCUGCCUCCUCCUCCUCCUUCUCCUCCUCCUCCUCCUCCUCCUCCUCCUCCUCCUCCUCCUCCUCCUCCUCGCCCCCUCCCUCCCCGAGCAGCACCCCCGGGGGGGCCCCGCCACAAAAGGAGCGCGGCUUUGGGGACGCCGGAGGGAAGGAUUUGCACAAAGAUGCCUCCAACAAUAGCUCCUCGUUCCAGCGGCCCAGCGGAGCCUCCCCGGGACCGGCGCCUUCCUCAGCGGCGGCCCCGGAGCUGCGGGGGAGCCCCGGCCCCGCUGCCCCCGGGGAACCGCGGCCGGAGCACUUUGACCGCCUGAUCCGCCAGUCCAAGCUGUGGUGCUACGCCAAAGGUUUCAACCUGGACGGGAAAGGUUUGAGACACGGCCCGGAGCCCUGGAGGGGAGAGGAGCUGCGGUUCCAACCCCGCGGAGGAGCCCAGAGCCCCCCGGCGCUGCGGAGCCGCCGGGACGGCAGCGCCAAACGCCGGCGCCUCUCCAGGGUCACCGAAAAGCAACGCGACUCCUCCAAGAAGAGGCGGCCGAAAACCCCCAGGAGGAAUUCCAGGAAGGGAAACACUCCCUGCAAAAGCAGCCCGCCUCGGAAUUCCUUCAGCCUCAUGGGCAAUUUCCCCUGCACGCCCUCGCUGGUGGUGGGCGAGGACGGGGAUUUGUGCCCGGCUUCGUCGCUGGGAGGGAAAAACUCGUGGGCGCUGUCCAAGACUCACCCGCUGUGGCGGUGGCACCUGGGGGGCAGCGCCAUCCCCGUGCCCCCCAGCCUCAAAUUCCGCCUGGAGGGGCCCUGAGGAGCGCGGCAGAGAGCGGGGAAUGUUCCAGGAUGGCGGCAGAGCGGGAGGUGCCGGGGGGGACCGGGGAUGGGGAGCGGGGUCACCCCCCAGCCCCGCCUGGGGAAGGGGCUGAGCGGAGCAGCCGCGCGGGGUCGUUUGGGGGAGGAUUUGGGGCGGAUUUGGGGCCGA